AUGGUUGCCAUCAAGAACAUCCUAUUUUUCAUCACUGCUGCUUCAGCUCUCUCCAUCGGACGUAGAGAUACCAGCACAGUCCUUAGUGACAUUUCCACAAUCGACUCUGAUGUAAAGAGUCUUACCUCUGCCGUCAACAAUUAUAACGGUGGACUACUCGCCGCAAUUCCCAUUGAGAAUUCUGAAAGUGCACUUGAACAAGCAAUCACUAAAGGAACCAAUGACGCUCAAGCCACCUCCCAGCUCUCAACUGAGGACACCCAAACCGUCAUCGCAGCAGUAGAUAACCUUUCCCCGGAUAUUCAAGCUGCGCUUGUUGCUCUUGUCAACAAGAAGUCUCAGUUCACCUCCGCUGGACUCAAGUCCACCGUUCAGAAGGAUCUUGCCAAUCUCAAGGCCGACACGGAUGACUUUGCAGAUGCUUUGAUUGCUAUCGCUUCUGAUGAUAGCAAGUCGGCGGCUAAUGAUCGCAAGGCUACCAUUGAUGGAUAUUUUGCGACAGCUAUCAACGCCUACAAUAGCUAA